AUGGAUUAUCUCAUGGAUAUCUCAGUGGCAGAUAUUGACAUGUGCCUGGAUGGUCCAAUGCCAGUGCCCACUGAUGACCUCUCCUCAAUCACUAGCAUCUACACCAACUUCCCUCGACUACGCAACCAAUUCGUGACCAAACUGGCCGAAUGGAAACUGACCCUAAACUACAAACAAGAAAAUUACACAUCAGGCCAAACCCUCAUCAAUAACCUCAUCAGCCUCUCAGCCCAUCUAUGCAAGUCUUUCCUGAAAGUAGAAGUCCUGUACUUGCCAACCACGCCCAUCUGUUUCUGCUAUAGGGCUAAUGAUAUGCAUGCCGUGUUAAUCAAACUGAUCCACCUGCUACGGUCAGAUCCUAACCUCGUUGUCACGGCGCCUGAUUUCCUGGCUGGUGCUCUAGGUAUGAUUCUCGUCCAGGUUGGGAGACUAUCUAUCACCGAUGUCUCUGAUGAGAAUGCUCGUAGGAUGGAUCAGUUGGCGGAUGUCAUUGAUGCGCAGGUGGGUAUUGGGGCGUAUGCUAGUAUUGAUUACUGGAAUACUCGCGAGCAGCAGAUCCUGAAGGGAGUUUGGGAGCGGAUGCAUUAUAGCGAUCCGUCUUGUCGGUGUACCCAGUGUAAAGUGAAGAACCUUGACUUGUUGCAGUUGUCCUUGGACUCCUGUCACUGGCAGCUAUGA